AUGAACUCAGCGUUGCGUCCCAAAUUCAAUCCUACGCUUACCGGCGGCCAGGCUGAACAGGAGGCGUCCCUCCCGUGUGGUUGGGUCUCGCUAAUACGGUGCAACGCAAGUUUUCCGCCUCAUCUGUUCGAACCAGCAGCUCUCCAGCUGAUUCAUCAUCCGGAAUACAACUCAACACUGAUCCUUCGAUCAGAAACGAUCUCAGACUCGACGGAAAGCGCAGCCUUCGCGGGCGCGGCGCCCAUCUUCGAAGGAUCGCGACCAACACGCCAAGUUCAUCGCCGCCUACUGCCUCGCCGACCUGGGCGAGAUUCCGGACUUGAACAGAUUUGCACCCUGUUUGCAUCCGUGAAUGCCGAAGACCCGAUUCCCCAUACCCUCGUCCUCACCCCUCUCGUCAAGCCAGGCGAAGAGUUACCCUACUACCAUCCCGCUGUCCAUCACCUUGCCUUCCGCUACGUCACCUCCCCUACAAGCUCAGAGAACACCCUUCGCAUCGACGUACUGCCGCUCCCAGAUACGCCAACCGACCCAUCCUCGCGCCUAUACCGUACUGCGCUCGCCCUUCUCGAGACCGUCCACCGCUAUGGCUGGGGCGCGCUUACCAACUACCAGAAGCGGGUAGCGCACGACAAUGUCCUCCAGCGCGAGACGUACCAGGAUCUGUACCUCGUAAUGCGCGAGCGACAUAAGCACCUCGUCGGGACCUGGCAGGAGAAGACGGACCCGCGCAAGCACGUGUUCGAAGUAAGUCGGCGCGAGCUUGACAUCGGAAUCGCGACGUUCCUGAUGCUGCUCUGGAAGGAGAUGUUUCCUCCAUCCCCGGAGGAUCUUCCAGUCGCGACCGGCGAUACCCCAUGGCGGAGCUGGGGACGACCGCCUGGUGGAUUCGUUGAUCUCGGGUGCGGAAACGGCCUCCUCGUGCACAUCUUGACAUCCGAAGGAUAUGCCGGCUAUGGCAUCGACGUUCGUGCACGACAGUCCUGGGCGCACUACCCGGCCUCCACUCAAGCCGCGCUCCGCGUUCACGCUCUGGACCCUACGAAGUUGCCCCCCUCACCGACUUCCUCGUCACCUCACCCAAGCCUAUCCUCCUCGACGAUCUCCAAAGACAAUCCUGAAAACGUGGACGAAGAUCCGUAUUUGCGACCUGGCACCUUCAUCAUCGGGAAUCACGCUGACGAGCUCACGCCCUGGGUCCCCGUCCUCGCCACGCUGCACCAUGCGUCAGGGUACCUCUCCAUCCCAUGCUGCCCGUGGUCGUUCGACGAGCGCUUCCAGCGUAACGCAGCCGCGCCGUUCCCGGAGCCCUCCUCGUCAGAGCACGCCUCGGACGACUCCGAACCAGCCGCAUCUCUCGAGGCCGACGAAUCCGACUUUCUGGCCAGGCUGAACCUCGGCAUCGGCUCUGAAAACUCGGCGUACGCGGCGUACCGCACCUGGCUCGCGCGCCUCAGCAGACGGUGCGGGUGGCACGUCGAGUGCGAGAUGCUGCGCAUCCCGAGCACGCGGAACUGGUCGAUUGUCGGCCGACAGAGGGAAGGGGACGAGGAGGACGCGUAUCGGAGGGCGGAGGCAAUCGUGCUGGACGUCCGUCGCCGCGGCGCAUUCAAGACGAGGACGCCCGAAGGCAAAGCUGGCGAUCAUUGAUAUCGAUGCAGCGCUGGUUGUACCAGGACAGACGACGCCGAAGCGGCUAUGCGAUGUUCCCAUAACACGAAUGAGUGUCUGUCGUCUGCGUUGGACACCAUCCGUGAUUUUGUGAUGUCCAUGAGGCAUGAUGUUUCCUUUCAGGUACUUACAAUGCGACCGCCAGGUAACCCGUGGUUCUUGGAUCUAUCGAACCACCCAAAAUCGCAAUUACUCUUUCUUGGCUUUACGAUGAGGAACUGGAGUUCAUUACGGUUUCAGGCGAUCCGAAGGG